AGGUCUCUAGCGUGUUGAAGUCAAAAGUAGCCAUUUCUCUCUCUCCCUCUCCCUUCAUCUUCAUUGAUCGUCAACUAGAAAAAAUGGCCAGAACCAGAAAACCCCUUGUUGUAAUCUCUCAGAUUCCUCAAGGGUUUUAUUGAUUUCUUCUGAUUAAAAACACACUUCUUAUUCUUCCCUCUGUACCAAAAAAAAAACAUCAUAAAGCCCUUUUUUUCCCCCUCUGUCCUUGAAAUGCGUGUGUGUGCGGUCGUCACCCUCCUCCUCACAGAGCUACUACUCCUAUGCUUCUUCUUCCACCCCUCGGAAUCUCAGUCCCUCACGUGCCACCCACGUGACCUAACCGCCCUCCGUGACUUCAUAUCAAACCUCAAACCAAAACCAGAAGAUUGGUCCAUCAACAACGACGAUUGCUGCAACUGGUCCGGAAUCACCUGCAACAACAACAACUCCUCUUCAGACAACAACAGAGUCACCAAACUCGAACUCGGGAACAAAAAGCUGUCGGGAAAACUGUCGGAAUCUCUAAACUCCCUAGAUCAGAUCCUAGUCCUAAACCUCUCCCGAAACUUCAUCAAAGACUCGAUCCCUCUCUCUAUAUUCAACCUCACAACUCUCCAAACUCUCGAUCUGAGCUCUAACGAUCUCUCCGGAGAGAUCCCAAACACCAUAAACCUACCUUCCUUACAAACUCUCGACCUCUCCUCAAACAAACUCAACGGCUCUCUCCCUUCUCACCUCUGCCUCAACUCCUCUAAAAUCAGAGUUAUAAAACUCGCCGUCAACUACUUCGCCGGAGAGUUUCCUCCGGGGUUCGGAAACUGUCUCUUCCUUGAGCAUCUCUGUCUCGGAGUUAAUAAUCUCACCGGUAACAUCCCUAAAGACGUAUUUCAUCUCAAGAGGCUAAACCUCUUAGGUGUUCAAGAGAAUCGUCUCUCUGGUCCGUUGAGCUCUGAGUUUAGUAACUUAACCGGUUUGGUUCGUCUCGAUGUUUCCGGGAACCGAUUCUCCGGGGAGAUACCUGAUGUCUUCGAGGAGAUGAGGGAGUUGAAGGAUCUGUUAGCUCAGAGUAAUAGAUUCAGUGGAGAGAUCCCUAAGUCGUUAUCGAAUUCACCGUCUUUGAAUCUGCUUAACUUGAGGAACAACUCGUUAACCGGUUUUUUGGAAUUGAAUUGCACGGCGAUGGUUGGUUUAAACUCUCUUGAUUUAGGUACUAACCGGUUUAACGGUUUGUUACCUGAGAAUUUACCGGUUUGUAAGAGGUUAAAGAACGUUAACCUCGCGCGUAACUCGUUUCAUGGACAAGUCCCCGAGAGUUUCAAGAACUUUCAGAGCUUAUCUUACUUCUCGUUGUCGAAUUCGAGUUUGGUUAACAUCUCAUCGGCGUUGAGGAUACUUCAAAGCUGCAAAAACUUGACGACUCUUGUUCUCACGUUAAAUUUCCAUGGAGAGGCUUUACCUGAUGAUGAUGGCCCUCUCCGGUUUGAGAAGCUUAAGGUUCUUGUUGUUGCUAACUGUAGGCUGACCGGUUCAAUGCCGAGAUGGUUAAGCUUAAGUAAUGAUCUUCAGUUAUUAGAUCUUUCUUGGAACCGGUUAACCGGAGCUAUACCGAGCUGGAUUGGUGAGUUUAAAGAUCUUUUCUACUUGGAUUUGUCUAACAACUCUUUCACAGGAGAGAUCCCAAAGAGCUUAGCUAAGUUACAAAGCCUCACGAGCCGUAACAUCUCGUUAGAUGAGCCAUCUCCUGAUUUUCCUUUCUUCAUGAAGAGGAACGAGAGUGCAAGAGCUUUGCAGUAUAAUCAAAUCGUUGGCUUCCCGCCAACGAUCGAGCUUGGUCACAACAACUUAUCUGGACCUAUUUGGGAGGAGUUUGGUGAUUUAAAGAAGCUUCAUGUCUUUGAUCUUAAGUGGAAUAAGUUGUCUGGUUCUAUCCCUAGCUCGUUGUCUGGUAUGACUAGCUUGGAGGUUCUUGAUCUUUCUAACAACCGUCUCUCCGGUUCGAUACCGAGUUCUUUGCAGAAGCUAACGUUCUUGUCGAAGUUUAGUGUUGCUGGGAACAAUCUCUCUGGGAGGAUACCUUCUGGUGGUCAGUUUCAGACCUUUCCGAACUCGAGUUUCGAGUUUAACGAUCUUUGCGGGGAGCAUAGGCUCCCCUGUUCUGAAGAUGCAGUGAAUGGAACAACGACGUUGAUCAUACAUUCGAGAAGAAGAAGUAAAGGAGCUGAGAUUGGGAUGGCGGUUGGGAUCGCGUUUGGUUCGGUGUUUCUUCUCACUCUUUUAGCUUUGGUCGUGUUGCGUGCGCGGAGACGGUCAGGGGAAGUUGAUCCGGAGAUGGAAGAAGAGAAAGAAAUAGAAGAGAUGGGGUCUAAGCUUGUGGUGCUGUUUCAAGACAACGGUAAAGAUCUCUCGUUCGAUGAUCUUUUGGACUCGACAAACAACUUCGACCAAGCUAACAUCAUAGGCUGCGGCGGGUUCGGUCUGGUUUACAAGGCAAUGUUGCCAGACGGAAGCAAAGUAGCCAUCAAACGGUUAUCAGGAGACUGCGGUCAGAUCGAAAGAGAGUUUAAAGCAGAAGUCGAAACGCUCUCGAGAGCGCAGCAUCCGAAUCUUGUUCUACUCCAAGGGUUUUGCUUCUACAAAACUGAUCGGCUUUUGAUCUACUCUUACAUGGAGAACGGAAGCCUAGACUAUUGGCUACACGAACGCAACGACGGACCAUCUCUACUGAACUGGAGAACACGGCUUAGGAUCGCACAGGGCGCGGCGAGAGGGCUGUUUUACUUGCAUCAAGCUUGUGAUCCUCAUAUUUUACACCGUGAUAUCAAGUCUAGCAACAUUCUUCUUGACGAGAAUUUUGAUUCUCAUUUAGCUGAUUUUGGACUCGCGAGGUUGAUGAGUCCUUACGAGACGCAUGUUAGUACUGAUUUGGUUGGGACUUUGGGUUACAUUCCUCCUGAAUAUGGACAAGCUUCUGUGGCUACUUUCAAAGGUGAUGUGUAUAGUUUCGGAGUUGUGCUUCUUGAGCUUUUGACUGAUAAGAGACCUGUGGAUAUGUGUAAACCGAAGGGUGGCAGGGAUUUGAUCUCGUGGGUUGUGAGGAUGAAGAGUGAGGGUCGAGCUAGUGAGGUUUUUGAUCCGUUUAUUCAUGGUAAAGAGAAUGAAGAGGAGAUGUUUAGGGUUCUUGAGGUUGCUUGUUUAUGUUUAAGUGCAAACCCUAAACAGAGACCAAACACUGAACAGUUAGUCUCUUGGCUUGAUGAUGUUCAGAAGGAUAGAAAAACUUCUAUGCAAGUUUAAUCUUCAGAGAUUACAGUGUGAUACAAUGUGAAUAGUUUCUAGAGAAUAAUUUGUUUCUUUGUUCCAUUUGUGAUUCAGAUUUAUAUAUUUAAGAUACGAGACUGAAACAUUAUACAAUGUCUGAGAAAGCUGAAUACUCUUUUUGUAUAUUUUCAGAGAUUAAAAGUUCUGUAACAGUCAUGUGUUUCAAGCAUUUUGAAUAAGCAAACACACAGUAUUUUUUUUUGUUUGUAUAGUUAUUUUUCUUUAUGAUUUGCUUUAUGGAUCUCAGUUGAUUA